AUGGUGGAGAAGUACAAGACUUCUGAUGGGAUCGGGUCACGAGGAGGUGAACUGGGAGUCAUUCGAAAGGAAGUUUUUAGAAAAAUACUUCCAUAUGAGGGUCAGAAUCGCCAGGGGAACCAAAGCUUUGGAAGACAAUUGGGACAAGUGAUUCAAUCUUUUCGAUGUGGGGAAGAGAGACAUUAUGCUAAUGCUUGUACCUUUAAUAAUCUUCCAUGCUACAAUUUCCAGAAGGCUUGGCACUUUACAAAGGAUUUCAAGGCUUUGAACGUGGAACCAACAAUGAAUGCAACUAGAGUUUAUCAUCCUACUACUAAAGGAUGCUUUUAUUGCAUGGGUGUUGAAGCUGGAAAUCAAUCUAGCAAUUUGAUCCAACAAGACUGCAAAAUUCUAUUUAUGUCUUCUCUGCCUUUUGAUUUGGUUGUUUCCACACCUGCUAAGACUUUGACCGUAAAUAGUGCAUGUUUACACUAUCAAGUAACUUUUCAGAAUAGAGAUUUAUCGAUUAAUUUGAUUUGUUUACCCCUACAAUCACUCGAGAUCAUUCUCGAUACGGAUUGGAUAUCACAUCAUUAUAUAAUCUUGUAUUGUGCUCGCAAAUUGGUUUUUUUCUCCGAGCCAAGAGUCGUUCGAUAUCUAGCUGCUAACAAACUCGGAGUGUCGUUGAGAGAAGGAACUCAAGAGGUUCUGUCAUUGGCUAACGUAGAGACAAAGUUAGAUGUGAGGAUAGACAUGGUGCUUGUCAAGUUGUACCCAAGGGUAGUUCCAAUAGAAAUUCCAGGAAUACCACCAGUAAGAGAAGUGGUGUUCUUCAUUGAUCUACACCUAGGAACUAGACCUAUUUCGAUUGUGCCGUAUCAGAUGUCGCCAUUGGAUUCGAAUGAGUUGAAGGGCCAAAUUGAAUAUUUGUUGGAGAAAGGAUUUCUUAGACCGAGACUUGAGAUAGUGCAACAGACUACAGAGAAGGUCAAGAAGAUAAAAGAGGAAAUGAAGAUCUCGCAAGACCGUUAG